CCAGUCCAAGCGAAGACGUGCAACGCUACACGCACGAGUAGCUCACUCAAGUUCAGUUUCAUUUUGCAAGUAUUUGCAACAGUCAUGUCAGCGAGAUGUGGAACCAUAAUCUGGAUGCUUUGUUUGAUUCAUCUCUUGCAAUCGACGCUGGCUGUUAAUAAGUACCAUUUUUCAUCAUACAUGACAAACUGGAUACAAGCCAAUGAGUAUUGCCACCAGAAGGGCAUGCGUUUGGCCAUCAUUGAUUCCCAGGCCAAGCACGAGAGGGUGGUUCGGGAAGCCAAAGCCACUCAAUCGCACCCGGAGGAAGUUUUUGGAGGAUGGCUAGGAGCCAGCGAUUUGGGACAGGCCAAUACGUACAUAUGGCAUGCGACCGGUGAUCGGGUGGUUUUCUCCAAGUGGAAUCCUGGCGAACCGAACAACCCCGAAGAACGUUGUAUGGCGUUGCACUACUGGCCAGAAUUUGGUUUCUUCUGGAGAUGGAACGACCGGCGCUGCUAUUUAGAGCACACGGCGAUUUGCGAGCGCGUAGAACCGAUCCCCUGCAUAGAGAACUUCAAGUGAGAACGUGAAGUGUAACUUUAUAAUCUAAAUGACCAUUUUUUUAAAUGAAUAAACCAUCAAAACUUUAA